AUGCGGAGCAUACCGCUGGGGACGACGGCGGUAUCUCCAGCCUUACCAAAGCACAACUGUUAUAGCUCUUCUGGAAUCUCUCUCCACCGUAGGAUACGCCACUCGUCUCUCUUCCUUCUCUCGCCCACAAUUUCUACUUCUCACACUCCGUCUUUCAGAUCAGGAGGAGCAUGCAAUGCAAGUCAAAUAGCUGAGCUUUUUCCAGCGGUUUCACCUGAAAUAGUUGUUCGAGAAGCAAGAUUGGAGGACUGCUGGGAAGUGGCAGAGACUCACUGCAGCUCCUUCUUCCCUGGAUAUUCGUUCCCGCUCGAUGUCGUCCUGAGAGUAGAUAGGUUAAUGGCGUUGGUCAUGGGGUUCUCUAUUCCAGCAGGUUGCCAGAGGACUUGUUUAGUCGCUGUGAUAGGUAGCUCUGUAGAUGAAACCAUCUGCAUUGGCAGUGAAGAUUUCAAGAUUGGAGCUUUUGAUGCUAAAAUCAGUUUGAACAAAGGUUAUGUCGCUGGAAUCUUGACUGUGGAUACUGUUGCUGAUUUUCUUCCAAGGAAAGGACCUCUCCGCCAACGAAGGACGGGGAUUGCUUACAUAUCAAACGUGGCGGUGAGAGAGAAUUUCAGGCGCAAGGGAAUAGCAAAGAGGCUCAUCUGGAAAGCAGAGGCUUUAGCCAAGAACUGGGGAUGUCGAGCUAUAGGCCUUCACUGUGAUCUCAACAAUGUAGGAGCCACAAAACUUUACAAAGAUCAAGAUUUCAGGUGCAUCAAGAUCCCUGAAGGAGCGAGUUGGCCAACACCAAAGAUAUCUCCAGACACUAAGUUUAACUUCAUGAUGAAGCUCUUGAACAAUACACAAGCUCUUGAAAAGUUCCGGUAA